CCCCCCUCUCCUUCUUCCUCGCUCUAUCCAAACUCAAACAUCUCAAAGCUUUUUACUCCUGUGGACCCUCACUUCGGUCUUCUACCCUUCUUCUUUCUCUUCUUUUUCCAACUCCUCUUCUACAUCCCUUCUUCCCACUUCCCCCUCCCCCGCCUCGUCUCUCUUCAUCCUCGGUCUCUCGAGAUUCCUCAGUUUCCUCUCUCUCCCUCUCUCCUGUACCCUCUGUGGUAUAUGCGCGUCGCUGGCUUGUCGUCUUACCCUUUUUGACACUUAAUUGCCAUCCUUAGAAAUCAUGGGUCAGACCUUGUCCGAGCCCGUAGUCGAUAAGACUUCCUCCGAGGGUCAAGAUGAAUGUUGCAUCUAUGGUGUUUCGGCCAUGCAGGGCUGGCGGAUUAGUAUGGAAGACGCCCAUGCCGCUGUCCUCGACCUGCAAGCGAAGUUCUCGGAGAAGCAACAACAGUCCGACCCCGACAAACGUCUGGCCUUCUUCGGUGUAUACGACGGGCAUGGUGGCGACAAGGUAGCCUUGUUCGCGGGGGAAAAUGUCCACAAGAUUGUCGCAAAGCAGAAGGCGUUUGAAUCCGGCGAUAUCGAGCAGGCUUUGAAGGACGGCUUUUUGGCGACCGAUCGUGCCAUCUUGGAAGAUCCGAAAUAUGAGGAGGAAGUGUCUGGCUGCACUGCGGCCGUCAGCGUCAUCUCCAAGCACAAAAUUUGGGUGGCCAACGCUGGUGACUCCCGGUCGGUCCUCGGUGUCAAGGGUCGCGCAAAGCCCCUGUCUUUCGACCACAAGCCGCAGAAUGAGGGUGAAAAGGCCCGCAUCAGCGCCGCCGGAGGCUUCGUCGACUUUGGUCGCGUGAACGGCAACCUGGCCCUGUCCCGAGCCAUCGGUGAUUUCGAAUUCAAGAAGAGCGCGGAUCUGUCGCCAGAGCAGCAGAUCGUGACGGCUUAUCCGGAUGUGACCGUCCACGAACUCACUGACGAUGAUGAGUUCCUGGUCAUUGCCUGUGACGGCAUCUGGGACUGCCAAUCCUCGCAGGCAGUGGUCGAGUUCGUCCGUCGCGGUAUUGCCGCCAAGCAAGACCUGUACCGGAUCUGCGAGAACAUGAUGGACAACUGUCUCGCGUCCAACAGCGAAACGGGUGGUGUCGGGUGUGAUAACAUGACCAUGGUUGUGAUCGGUCUGCUUAACGGCCGCACCAAAGAGGAGUGGUACAAUCAGAUCGCCGAGCGGGUGGCGAAGGGGGAUGGGCCUUGUGCCCCGCCCGAGUACGGCAAGUCUCUCGAGGACCCUCCGGCCUCUAGCCCCUACUGACAGAAACGGGGAUGCAGCUGAAUUCCGUGGCCCCGGUAUCCGGAACCAGUUUGAGGAGAACCCUGAUGAUUACGACAUGGAGAAUGAUCGUGCGCGUGGCUUCAGUGUUCGCUCGGGGCGGAUCAUCCUGUUGGGCGACGGCACCGAGGUGGUCCCGGAGCAGAAUGACGAGGAGCUGUUUGACCAGACCGACGAGGACCGGGAUAUGUCCAACCAAGUAGACCGGCAGUCGCCCGACUCGACUCGGAACGAGCGUGAGGGCACCCCCGGGCCGCAGUCGAAGAACAAUCCCGCAUCCAAAUCCGAAGGUGCAUCUGCCUCUGCCAGUUCCGAAACUCCUGCCAAUCCGGCGUCGGGUUCCUCGGAGAAGUCUACCUCGUAGUGGAGAAGGAUACCUUUUUUUUUUGUCUUCUUGCAUGAUUUGUUUUUUUUUUUUUUUUU